GGAUGCCUGGGGCAAAAGAGCGUCACUGCGUUAUUUGUAGACAUGAGCUGAAACAUUUGGACGAGUUGGCCGCGGAAGGACGUGGACCUCACCGGAUGUUAGACCUCCUCGGCUCGUCGUGGUCGUGAUCCUCGCCAAAGAGUGGCGCGUCCUGGGCGUCCUGGGGACACACAAGCGUUAGCAGGGUUGACGCUAACUGCGCGUCUCCUGCGCGUCCCUCGUGAUAUAUAUUUGAAAAGUCGUCAAUGUUUAAGUCUUAAAAUAUCGAAUCGCCGUGUUCAAACAGAUGACAGUCUCUAAAUGUUCAAAACAAAUCCAAUUUCGGGCCGAUUACCUGUCUCAGCAUUUUUGAAUUUGAUAGUUCACCGUCUACUUCCUGGUGACGUGGAUAUAAACAAAACCGUGUGCGAAGGACCCCUGGCGUGUGGUGGCUUUGAACCCGCCUGACUCAAAGAUUGGGGGUAUCUUAAAACACCGCUGAGGGAAACUCAGACCAGAGGAGCCCCCAGUCUGCUGUGGACCACGGUGGCCACCGGGAGCACUGUCAUCCGUGCGCAUCGACCGUGCGCAUCAUCCGUGCGCAUCAUCCGUGCGCAUCGUGGCGUCCCUGGAUACCGGCGACGCGCUCAGCCUGUGGCGCGCAACAGGAGCUGCUGGCCCCGGAGCUUCAGACGACGACGACGACGACGACGAUGGUGGUGUCUGUGUUGAUGCAGCGGAAUGGAGUCGAGCAGGGUGGACUGAUCCUGCACCAUGAAUGACAGGUACCACAAGGCGGCCCGGGACGGCUACCUGGACCUGCUGAGGGAGGCCACCCGGAGGGAGCUCAACGCACCGGAUGAGGAUGGCAUGACACCGACGCUGUGGGCCGCCUUCCACGGCAACCUGGAGGCUCUGCGGCUCAUCGUGGCGAGGGGAGGAAACCCUGACAAGUGUGACAUAUGGGGGAACACGCCGCUCCACCUGGCAGCUGCCAACGGUCACCUCAACUGCCUCUUAUUCCUGGUGUCCUUUGGUGCCAACAUCUGGUGCCUGGACAACGACUACCACACGCCGUUGGACAUGGCCGCCACAAAGAAUCACAUGAACUGCGUCCGCUACCUGGAUUCCAUCGCAGUCAAGCAGACGGGCCUCAACCCCAAGCUGGUCGGCAAGCUGAAGGACCGGGCGUUUCGUGACGCCGAGCGACGGAUGAAGGAGUGCAUGAAGAUGCAGAAGAAACACCACAAACACAUGGAGCGAAAGUUUCAUAAGGAGGCGUCUGAGGCUUCCGCGUCCGACGUCAUGAGUUUUUCCAGUUACAGCAGCAGCUCUAUUAGCCACAAGCUGCGCGGCUUCAAUGCCGCGACCGUCAGUGUGCCAUAUUCACAGGCUACUCUCCAUGCCACAAAUCGAGGGAAAACAAAGAUCCAGAAGAAGCUGGAGAAGAGGAAACAAGGAGACGGGACCUUUAAAAUCUAUGAGGAUGGAAGGAAGAGUGUGCGCUCCCUCUCAGGACUUCAGCUGGGCAACGAUGUCAUGUUUGUCAAACAGGGGACGUAUGUUAACCCGAAAGACCGCGGCCGCCGCAAUAUUCGUGACAUGUUUUCCAGAAACGAUGAUGAUGCCAUUUCACGUGCCAUGAGCGAACCAGACCUCCACGGGCCCGAUGUGGACUAUUCUGAGAUCAGCACCGACUCGGGACAUGAUUCCCUCUUCAACCGGCCUGGUCUGGGCACCAUGGUCUUCAGGAGGAACUAUGUGAGCGGGGGGAUGUUUGACCUCGGUGGCCAGGAUGAGGCCAGCGUGGACCGGUCAGGCAAUAAUGUGCGUUUACGCAGUCGGCUGCAGCAAUACCCAAGUCUAGAUGCAGACAGCAUCGGCAGUGCACGCAGCCUACAGGAGAGGAACGUGGAGGACCUGCCCUGGGACGACGUUGAAUUAGGGCUGGACGACGACGAUGAGCCGGAAACCAGCCCUCUGGAAGUCUUCCUGGCCUCACAGAGCAUGGGCGAGUUCUCCUCCAUCUUCAAGAGGGAGAAGAUUGACCUUGAAGCACUGCUACUGUGCUCUGACCACGAUCUGAAGAGUAUCCACAUCCCCCUGGGGCCGAGAAAAAAAAUCUUGGAUGCCUGUAACAGACGCCUGGAGACAAUAGAGGACCCCGAUUGCAUCGAGGACACAGAACUGUGACUGCUGAGAUUCUCAGUGAGAGAGUGUCGUAAAAAAAAAGGUAUUUGAGCAAUGACCUAUUGUUUGUUACGUUGUCCUCCGGCACACUGGAUUUGAUAUAAAAAACAAAAUAUGUGAGGGAGUGCCAACUUUCAGCUUAAAUUUGAGUGCCCACAUCUGAUGAGGGGUUUUGGGACUUAUGGACAUUUCUGUGGUAGAAGAACCUGUAUUGUUUGGAUGCAAGCAGUUUAACGCCUUGUUGUUUUUCUUUCCUUCCCUUGCUGGUGCAUUGUGCAUUUCUUCACCUUUGUGCUUGCAAUUGUACAUAAUCAUAAACAAGAGCUGCCUUCAGACACGCACUGAAUUUUCCUGAAUGCAACAGACUGUUGCGGACCCAAAUUUCUGGACAUUUUCCGACGUUCAUGUCUGAACACAGUUCAAGUUUGGGCCUACUCAUAAAAAAGCAUUGCUCCACAACGCCACUAGUGGUCAGGACUUACUAAGGGUAACUUUAAUAUUUGAUUGCAAAUCCUUUUGCUGUCAGUGACUCGUGUCCGUGACUCACAGACGUUUCCACGGUGAUGCUCUGUCAGGCUUAAUUUCAGCCAUUUUGACUUCUUGCCUGUUGCAGGUGCCUCACACCGUCAGUCUAGUCGUUAUCGGUGGAACACGUUACGUGUCAAAAGGCUGACAUGCGCAGCGCAGAACAUUCAGCCUAAAAUGCUGGCCUGGUCUGGAUACAUACUUUUAUUGUCAUGUUACAUAACGCUAAAGCUAAACAACUCCAUAUAAGAAGGUCCGAACUGUAUGGAUGUGAACAUUAUCCCAAAAUGUCAGGAUUAUAACUUCGCAGUAAUUCAUUUUAAUUUCAGUGUGCUGCAGUUGAGCCAAGAAAUAUAUUAAAAAAAACAAAAAUGCAUUUACGGACUGCACUGGACAUGUUGCUUCUUUCUGUUCAGAUCUAGCCACCACCAACGCGUUGUGAAAAGAACUCCUCUUAAGCUACAAACAAGGAUUCUCGUCGUUUUUAAUUCUGUCGUGCAGAUAAUGACAGUCAGCUGUGUGCUCAUCCAGCCGCAGAAGGUCAGAGGACCAUUGUCGAGUGAAUGUCACAGGGAGGACUUAAUGAUGUAGCUCUCCUCGUAACUCGGCGCGAACAAAGUGGAAAGGAUACUGUCAAGAUAUGAAUAUGUCAAACAAACAAGAGGAGAUGAAUUCCCGAAACAGGAAUCUAUCACAGAAAAUACCUCUGUGUGUUGGUUGGUUGGUUGCAGUCCAGUGCGCCGCAUGGUUUAACAAACUGAAAGACUGUUACAGAGUGUAGUGCCGUGCAGUGGCAUUGUAUGCCGUGUGGCAUAGUUAACAAAGAGUUGAUUGUGGGGGUCUGUGUCCCCCUGAAUGUGCUUGCCCCCGUGGGGUAGAUCCUACCACCUCGUGUGCCUGCAUUGCUUGUGCCUGUGCAUUUGCUUAAAAGCGUAUUUUUGUAACUUCAUUAUUAACUGUUACACUAACAACAACAUUUUCCGCUCGGAGCUACUCAGCUGUUGUCUUUGCCGAUGCAUUUUUCAUCUCUGUACACCGUUUACAUACAGCGAGCCACGUCAGUCUCAAGUGCGGCUCCCUGGCAGUGCAGGCCAACUGUUCAUUGAGAUUACUUGUUAUUAUGUACUGUGGUAUUGUAAAACUACAGUAAAAAACAGCUUAUUUGGCAUGUUUAUUUUGCAAUACACAAUGUGAAUUGUAGUUUUUUGCAUGCUCAUUCCACUAGGAGGAUUAUAAACCUUUGUAUAUCACCCAUGUCUGUUUUGACAAUGUGUCAAUCUUCCAACAGUUUUUCAGAAUAAUAUACAUCUGCACCGGAGCACAUGUCGAUGUUGGAUUUUAUCUACAGUCUCUAACAUUGCGAAAUUACUUUACUCAUGAUUCCAUAUGAUUUGCUCUGCUGCUCAAAUUGAAGAUAUUCAGCUCAAGGGUUGUGUACUUGUCAUAUUUCUGGGUGUAUUGGAGGGAAAUGAGUUUACAAAUUAAAAUUGUACACAUAUUA